ACUUAGACGAUUCUUGAACCAGAAAAGAUCAUAGACGUCGUCUAGGGUCCUAGUCUGUCCAACAAUCUAUAUAAUAGAGGUAAUGUCCGCCUUCAAGUAUGAAAGUGAUGAUUCCAGGGACGCUAGCAGUGCUAGACUAGACGACGAAUUCACUCCGUUACUUUCUACUAGUGGUCCGUCGAAGAUCCAAGAAAGUACGACGUCACACAAAGACACUUCAUUGCAUCACAGAACUACAUCGGCUUCCCUUUCUAAACGGUCUUCCUCCGCCUCCCCCUCUUCUUCCUCCUUCUCCCCCUCCUCGACCCGUUCAAAUAUUUAUUUUAGAGAUAUUACAUUUCAUUCUUCCGACGAAUCGGGCGACUGGUUUCUCGACUACAUCAUGGAGAAGGUUAAAAAUACGAGGAUUGGUUACUGGGCCGAUAAAUUGGCAGUAGAGAGCGAACCCGGCUUGACAAAUGCUCAACUCAUGUUAAACAAUCAUGAUCUGAAGCCUGGUGAAUUGUCUAUACCAUGUGCGAGGACUAAAUACUGAUACAUAAAUUUCUAGUCGAACCAGAACGUAGACAAUGGGGAGCGUGGAAUUUUGUAGGAUUUUGGGUUGCGGAUUCUUUUAAUAUUGUGAGCAUGCUUCCAAGAAGUUUUCCCUGUUCAGGAAGUGAGAUUCUAACAUUUCGACCAAUUAGAACACUUGGAUGAUAUCAUCGAGCAUGAUCGUUGCGCCCAGCGGCCUAUCUUGGUGGCAAUCAUGGCUUUGUGUAUGGAUUGGUUAUUCCAUUGCAGCUUGCUUCAUUGUACUCACGGCCAGAAUCGGUGCCACUUAUCAUCUUUCCUUCCCGGUUGUCGCUCGAUCAUCUUUCGGUAUCUGGGGUGCUCUAUGGCCUGUCUUCAAUCGUGCAGCCAUGGCUUGUAUUUGGUACGGAGUGCAGUCUUGGAUUGGAGGAGAGUGCGUUCAAUUGAUGAUCUCUGCCAUCUGGCCAUCAUUCACCAAAGUUCACAAUGGAAUUCCUGAUUCUGGAACAAACACUGUUGCUUUUAUAUCCUUCUUCAUCUUUUGGCUUUGCUCACUUCCAGCGAUUUGGUUCCCGGUUCACAAAAUUCGUCAUUUGUUUACAGUCAAGGCAUAUGUGGUACCAGCUGCAGGCAUUGCAUUUUUCAUCUGGGCUAUCGUUCGCGCAAAGGGUCUUGGUCCAAUCGUCAAACAAGGAAAUACAACACAUGGAAGUACAAUGGCCUGGUACAUGGUUACAGGAAUCAUGUCUUCCAUCGCCAACUUUGCAACUCUCAUCGUGAAUAGCCCGGAUUUCGCACGCUUUGCUCGAAAACCCAGAGAUGCUUUCUGGUCACAACUCAUUACCAUCCCUGUCGGUUUCGCGGUUACAUCUUUCAUCGGUAUUAUUGUUUCCUCAUCUUCGACCGUCAUCUUCGGUGAAGCCAUCUGGAAUCCUCUCGAACUUCUUCAAUCUUUCCUAAGCGAAGGUGGAUCUGGAAAUCGUGCCGGUGUAUUCUUUAUCGCAACUGCAUUUGCUCUCGCCCAACUCGGUACCAAUAUCGCAGCCAAUUCCGUAUCUGCAGGUACAGAUAUGACCGCUCUUCUUCCACGCUACAUCAACAUCCGCCGCGGUGGCUACAUCUGCGCCAUCGUAGGUCUAGUCAUGUGUCCCUGGAACCUUCUCUCUAGCGCCAACAAUUUCACGACCUACCUCUCCGCUUAUUCCGUAUUCCUAUCCUCCAUCGCCGGUGUCAUCAUCGCAGACUACUACGCUGUUCGUAAAGGCUACCUACAAGUUCGCAACCUCUAUUCCGCCAAGAAAACCUCUCCAUACUACUACACCCUGGGUAUUCACUGGAGAGGCUAUGCAGCUUACAUCGCUGGAAUCCUCAUCAACAUCGUUGGAUUCGUAGGAGCAAUUGGAAAAGAAGUACCAGCUGGCGCAACAUACAUUUAUAAAUUAAACUUCUUCUGCGGAUUUAUUAUUGCAGGAGGUGUAUAUUGGAUUCUAUGUAGAUUCUUCCCGGUCCCUGCGACUAGCGAUGUCUGGAUGGAAGUCGGGGAUGAACUCGAUGAUCCGCAUAUGGCUUAUGGUGGAGAGGAAGGAAGUGACUUUGAUGGGGAAAUGGGGAAGGGUGGCCAGGAACGGGUGAAGAGUAUGGGGAGUGGGAAGAAAAAUGAUGUAGAUAUGGAGGCUUGAUAGAUGGCUGUUUUAGUCACCGGCUGGUCUCUUUUCCUUUUCUUGGAUUGAUAUUGCUUGGGCGUGGGUGUUUAGAGGCUUUGAUAUCCAUCGCAUGUAUGCAUACCUAGGUAGGUUGGCAUGGAUUUUAUGAAACUAGGAUAUUUCGGGAGAUAUUACUGGUAUAGCGUACUUGGGACGUAGAUGGUAGAUCAUUGGAGUUUGAUUCUAUGAGAUAUGAUUAUGGAUAUGAUAAGAUAAGGAUUUUGAAUAUAGAAUUUAUAAAGGGGAAUGGAAAUGGAAAAUAG